CAGGUGCUUCAGUUAUGCCCGUCGUAUCGGUCAGCGAGCACCCUUUAUCCGAACUCGAGAACAAAAUGGCGGAAACCGCAUCUGACAGCAACGGAAUAAACGGAGUGCAUGUCAAAAAGUCUCCGUUAGAAAUUUUCCAAGAGACGGGCGUGCUGGUGCAGGAAGUGGACGAAGGGCAGCCAUGUCUGAGCUGCAGAGACAAGUGCUCUGGAUUUACUCCUCACAUGUGGAGAACUGUAUGUAACAACUGUAAGUGUCCUCGUGAAAACCAUGAUGUUGUCCACGAAGAUUUUGUCAACGUCUGCGAGCGUAUCGGCAUCACGCCUUCUCCAGGACCUAGCCGACAUCCUAUCUCGAAAGAGAAAACCCUUUCUGAGGGCUACUCCUGGGUGCCUCCAGGUCUUUCUAGUGAAAAGAUCGAAGAAUACUUUAGCCAGCUGCCGAGAUAUGUGGUUCCACGGCUAGGUACUUCAGGGGAAAAAUACAGAGACCGGCAGUUGAUUUUGCAGUUGCCUAAACAAGACUUGGCUGCCGCCUAUUGUAAAUUCUUGGAAAAAGAUUUCAUGAAAUGCUUCGAAGAUUUCGUUAACACUCGAAAUGAGAUUGCCCUCGACAUCGGAUACGUUCGGGAUCACUGCGAAAACAGCACGGAAUGCAGACAAUGUUCUGGUGAACUGGGUGUUGGUGAUCUAUGUGUCGUUGCUCCAAAGUUAGGAGAAGAAGUGUGCUUUCACCCUGCUUGCUUUUAUUGCAAAGUGUGCGAGGAAUUGUUGGUCGAUCUCUCAUAUUGUGUCAACGAAGAUAAUCUGUACUGCGAGCGACAUUACGCGGAGCAGAUGAAGCCUAGAUGUGCUGCUUGCGAUGAGAUGAUCUUCAACAGCGAAUACACGAGGGCCCAGAACAAAGAUUUCCACUCAACCCACUUCUGUUGCGACCAAUGCGAUAACUCUUUGACUGGACAACGGUAUGUGCUAAAAGACGAACGUCCCUACUGUGUCGGAUGCUACGAAAGGUGUUUCGCAAACACCUGCGAACAGUGCUCUGAACUUAUUGGCAUUGAUUCGAAGGAUUUAUCUUACAAAGAGAAGCAUUGGCAUGAAAUUUGCUUCAAGUGCGAAAGUUGUGGCGCAUCGCUUGUGGAUAAACCUUUUGGAUCAAAAGCUGAGAAAGUUUAUUGUGCCAAUUGUUACGAUAAAUCCUUUGCCUCUCGAUGUGAUGGUUGUAAUGAAGUCUUCAAAGCUGGCACUAAAAAGAUGGAAUACAAAGGCAAACAAUGGCAUGAUCAGUGUUUUAAGUGUUGUGUGUGUCAGAAGCCUAUUGGCACAAAGAGCUUCAUCCCAAGAGAAGCUGACAUUUACUGCACAGAAUGCUAUGAAGAAAAGUUUGCCACAAGAUGUACUAGAUGCGAUAAAAUCAUUACUAGUGGUGGCGUGACUUAUCGUAACGAACCAUGGCAUCGGGAAUGCUUUUGCUGCACACAAUGUGAUACUUGUUUGGCCGGGCAACGUUUCACAUCUCGAGAUGAUAAACCAUACUGUGCCAACUGCUUUGGAAUGCUCUUCGCCAAGAAAUGCGUUGCUUGUGAGAAACCAAUAACUGGCAUCGGUGGAACUCGUUUUAUCUCUUUCGAAGAGCGUACAUGGCACAAUGAUUGCUUCAUUUGUGCCGAAUGCAAAUCCUCUCUCGUAGGCAAGGGCUUCAUCACUGAUGGUCCCCAAAUUUUGUGCCCUGAAUGUGCUAAGAAGAAGCUCAUGUAAUUCCGACUCCUUCAGCUUUAGACAUCUAGCUUUAUUUGACUGUGCUCGGAUUUCCAGGAACAUCUGAGGACAUGUCUAUCAAAAAAACAAAUUAUUGCUGCUAAUUGUGUAAAAUGGAUGGCUGUGCUGUGUGUUCAGCUUUGCAGAAUUUUUACUUUUACAUGCCACUGCUGGUGCUAAAAAUAUAAUCUCUACUGGUCCUUUUGAAACUAAUACAAGAAAGUGGAUAAAGUUCCCUCGACUAAUCCUCAGCCUCUAAAUGUUGAUAAUUUGUUAUCGAACAGUUCCUACUAAAUUGUAUUAACAAACACAAGUACCAUUUACUGAAGGAAGCCAAUAAGCAUGCUUGCAUUCUCUUGCUUUUAAUGAUGCUAAACAACUUCUUUGAUUAUUGCUUUAAAAUACGGAAGUUAAUGCACCUAUCAUCAGUUACUGCUAUAAACAUUUACUGAAAAACUAUUUUGCAUGAGACUUCUUUUUUAUUAAAUGAACAUUUUCCAUUAGUGAGUUCAACUGUUUUUGCUGUAUCGGUUCUCAAAUAAUACUGUGUUCGUAUUUUUACUAUUGAAUAUGUUUUGGUGUGCCAAUCCACUUAAAUAAUUCUCUGAAAUAAGUGGCGUAAAUUGUCAAGUAGUGGGGACCAAUAACCAAGUUUGUAGUUUAAACCAAAAAAAAAAAAAAAAAAGGUAUUCAUGCAAAGUCUACAUCUGCAUAAACUGGAACCUAAACUAAUUUUAUAACGUAUUCUCUGGUCAAUUUCUAAUGAAUCAUUUUAUGCAUCCUUUCUCUUGAUGACUAAUGAACACUUAAAGCAAAAGUGCCUUACUUUAUUGUACGAAUGAAUAUUUGAAUACAGUUUUGUUUGAGAAUCGUUAAUUAUUUAAUCAUUUACUUAAUCUCCAACAAUUCGAAAUAUUUUCUUAACAUCAAGUUGUUUAAUAACUAAAGAAUGCACUUGUUUAGAAAAUGAAUACUGAAAAUAUGGUUGCAUUUUGUUAUUCAAAUUAUUUUACAAAAUGUUAAUAAUGAAAUACAUAUUUCAGUUAUUUAAUUCAUUUGCAGUGCGAAUUUCAUUUUUUGGAAAUUUCCACAAUGUUAUUAAAUAAAUGUAUUUUAAAAAUAUACAUAGUGAAUCUUUACAAAUAAAAAAAAGUAUGGAAAA